AUGGCCAACGGCGCGGGACUGGGCGAAGAGGGCCGUGGGCAAGACCAGCCUCGGACGUUGCAUUUGGUGAAGCAGAGAGCAAUGGCAGAUGUAACGGGUUGUCAGGGGUGUGAGAUUAAUGCCCAGCUGGAGCAGCAUUCGCCACCCGCCUGGGCUUCCCCGCCCAAUUCAACUCGCCCUAUGCAAGCAGUGGAGGAUCGACUCGUACCUGCAUCAUCAGACUUUCAGGCACACAUCAUGGCUCCGAAAGAAGUAAAUUCUGGAAAAGUCGGGCACGCAUCGUAG